ACCAGGUGGAACGGUGAAGGGGGCACUUCCAUCCCCCUCCUCUUGACAUCGGCUAUGAGCUCUGAGGGAGAUCCCCCAUUUCUGGGACUAUCAGAGGGACACACCAGGCCCAGUAGUCCUGAGAUACCUAUGCAAAAGCGCCAAGUUUCUUGUUGCCUGGUGACAAAGUUUCCCAGUGGUGGAGGAGGACCUGGGACUGGGAGCACAGCACAUGAUCAAGGUGGGACAGACCCAGCACUUCAAGCCCUCUUCUAAGGAGAUGUUUUUCUCUCUUCCUAUCAGCAGUUUCAUGUGACUAUUUCCUCAAAUUGAUCACCAUCCAAUCAGAAAAAUAUUCUUCUGAUAUCUUUCUCCCUCACUAAAAGAACAUGGCCAAGGGCGGAAAGGGCCCCAAGGGCAAGAAGAUCACCCUCAAUGUGGCCAAGAAUUGCAUUAAAAUCACCUUCGAUGGGAAAAAACGCCUGGACCUGAGCAAGAUGGGAAUCACCACCUUCCCCAAAUGUAUUCUGCGCCUCAGUGAUGUGGAUGAGCUGGACCUCAGCCGCAACCUGAUCAGGAAGAUCCCUGACUCCAUCGCCAAGUUCCAGAACCUGCGGUGGCUGGACCUGCACAGCAACUACAUUGACCGGCUGCCCAUGUCCCUUGGCCAGAUGACCACCCUGCUCUACCUCAAUGUCAGCAACAACCGGCUGACCACCAGCGGGUUGCCCGUGGAGCUGAACCAGCUCAAGAACAUCCGCACCAUGAACCUCGGCCUGAACCAUCUAGACAGGGUGCCCACCACACUGGGUGCCCUAAAGGAGCUGCAUGAGGUAGGGCUCCAUGACAACCUGCUCAACAACAUCCCCAAGAGCAUUGUCCAGCUCCCCAAGCUGAAGAAGCUCAACACAAAGCGAAACCCCUUUCCAAAGGUGGAGGAGGCAGACAUCUUUGUGGACUCUAUCAAAAGGCUGGAGAACCUCCAUCUGGUGGAGGAGAAGGACCUGUGCGGGCCUUGCCUGAGAAGAUGCCAACUGGCUCGGGAGAAGCUGAACCGAAUUAAGAGCACAGUCACAUCAACACCGAGAAAAGCCCUGUUUUCUACUUUGAUCUCCCCUAACUCUAUAGCCAAGGAGUCCCAGGAAGAGUGGAGGUGACCUGGGACCCUGAUGGUGAGACAGGAAGGGAUAGAAGGGAAGGCAGGGGCAGGGGACUGCAAGCAGAAAAGUGAGGAUGCCCUGUUACAGCAACAGCCCUUCCAUCCCAGCUCAUAAAGCACCUUUCUCACCUCCUCUGUUUGUGACUGUGCUAACUGGAGGGCUUUGGGUUUCCAUGCUACUCUGCAUAUUUCUCCCUGUUCUGUGUGCAUACACCAACAUAGACAGGUGAAGCAAGUCAGGAAAGGGCCACCCAUCCAUCCACUCAUCUGCUGAUCUACCCAUCCAUCCACCCACUCAUCCAUCCAUCCAUCUAUCCACCUAUCCAUCCAGCUCACUUCUACCCAUGAGUGCUCUCCAAUCUACAACCCAGUGCCCAAGUGACAGUGUUGCCAACACUCUCUGGCAUGUCAGGACCCACUGCUCACUCCAAAGUGUAGUUUGUUCCACAGUAACUUCUUGGAUCUGGGCUCCAAGGUCAGCAAUCCCAGAGCAUGGGUUAGUAGGAAAGCAAACGGCACUGGUCACAGAUAAAGCACCAA